UACGGAUUCCACAAAUAUUUCAGUCCGGUUCGACUUGCCUCUUUUGAUCCGUACACCUGAAUGCAACGGAUCCAGUCGUUGUCCAUUUUUCGUUUAGCGUAAGUUUGCCAUAUGGCAUGACGGUCUGGUGUGUUGAACUUCUCGGGAACUUGUCUACCACAAUGUGCGCCAUCGGAUGCUCAGAGUUCAAUGGUUUGGUAUCAUCAGGGUCCUCCAACUUUAGCCGAAGCGCGAAUGUGGCUGGCUGAAUUCUCAUUGAACCGCGCGAAAAUACGUUUAGAGAACACAAGGAAGCUCUAUGAAAGUAUGCCUGCCGCCCUUCGGAAAGCGAGGCUUCAAGAGCAUCAUAAAACUCUGCGAAAUACCACGUUGCUUUGUAGCCAAGUGGGCGACGUGCGUCCUCUGAGUAUGUGUCGGUUCUCCCCGAAUGGAACGCAAUUGGCCACUUCUUCCUGGAGCGGAUUAUGUCGUCUCUGGAGCCUUCCUGACUGUAACAUGCUUCUUAAUUUGCGUGGGCACACUGCACCUGUGUGUAGCAUUGUAUGGCAUCCUCAAGCCGGCCUCCAGCAAGAACAACAGUUGGCUUUGGCCAGUUCAGCUCAGGAUGGUAGUGUGAAACUGUGGAGUUUGGACAGCGAAGAGCCACUAGCGGACAUUGAGGGUCACGCACCUCAUCGAGUGUCUCGUUUGGCUUUUCACCCCUCUGGCCGUUUUCUCGGUACUGCAUGCUUCGACAGUUCUUGGCGUUUGUGGGACUUGGAAGUUUGCGAGGAAAUACUCCAUCAAGAAGGACAUUCGAAAGCGGUGUACGACGUGGUGUUCCAUCCUGACGGAUCUCUUGCCUUGACCACCAGUCUCGACAGCUAUGCUCGAGUUUGGGACUUACGCACUGGACGGUGCGUCAUGUUCCUCGAGGGACAUUUGGAAGAGUUGCUCGGAGCGGAUAUCGCGGACAAUGGUUAUCACGCGGCUACUGGCAGCGCAGAUAAUACGGUGCGUAUUUGGGAUCUGCGGCAGCAGCAGGCAAUGUAUGUGCUUCCCGCGCACAACAGCGUCGUCUCCAGCGUCCGCUUUGAACCUCGGGACUGCAGAUACAUCGUCACGAGUUCUUUCGACGGUACUGGAAAACUUUGGGGUCAUCCGGUUUGGGCCCCAAUUAAAACUCUGGAAGGUCACAACAGCAAAGUUUCAUAUGCCGACAUAUCUCCCAAUGCUAAGCACAUCUGUUCUUGUUCACACGACCUAACUUACAAACUGUGGGGUGUGGAAUCUCACCAAUGAGAUUAUCACCUCCCUUAUUUUUCAUCCCAGUUUGGGUACUUGUUACCUGUACAGCUGCCUUUCUUGCUAUUAAAAUGUGAAUAUCUAACUGCAUCUCUUUUCGGUUUAAGUUAGCUAAUUAUCCUUACAUGAAACAUCUGCUUUUUGCAAUAGCUUCGCAUUGAGUUCCUUGGAUGGCAACUUCAAUUUUCGAUACUUGUCACCCGAUUAUUGUACUAGAAAAACGAGUGUAAAUACUCACGCUGUAAUUUUGAUGGUUUCAGCGCCUUGAAAUGUCAACAACA